UUAUUUGACUUUACGACAAUUUUUAUAGGAUAAGAAUUAAACGAUAAUGGUGGUCAGCAAUUCCAAACGACGAUUUUAAGAAUUUUUUUUUAAUUCUUUUUAAAUUUACCUAUGAGAUCACAUUAACUAAACGAGGAAGCGGACAAGGUCAACACACUUGUGUGAAGAAUUUGCGGACGUAAUACGUUCAUUUAAAUUGAUUUUUCCUCUUAGCAGAAACUUGCCGCUAAGUUACAAAAAUUAUAACAAGAAAAUACAUUGUUUUCUUUAAUAAUUAUCGGUUAGUCACAAGGCUACAUAAACGCUCUAAUUUGACGCUCUCCUAAGCUUUUGUUUAAUAGGCUGGAAAACAAAAGAAUAUUACGUACUUUUAUUUCGUACUUUCGCUCCUAUCAAUAAAAAAACAAAAGUAUUCAUUGAAAUUGGCAGUUCCGUUGAAACUAAUGGUAAUUCUUUUGUCAAAAGUUAAGACUCAACCGUACAAUAAAAAAAAAAAAGACAGAUAACAGCUGACCGAGUGUUAACCGACAAACAGAAAUAUACUAUAGAAUCUAAGCCGUUCUUCAGCACAAAUUUCAUCUAAUAUAGAAAUCCAUGUUUGCCUUUUUCUUUGGUAGCUUUUUAACGACUCUGCUGACUAGCGUUGAUAAGUGUCCAGCCCAUAAGAGCGGUGUGACUAAACUUGAGCCACAUCCUGAGUUGUUUUUAAUGAUUUUAGUAUUGAGUGCUCCACAGUAUGAGGAAAAACGUCUAAGUUUACGCAAUACCUGGUUGCGUUUAGGUCAGCCUUUGGGGUUGCCUUACUAUCCAGAAGAUUUUAUUUACUUGCCAACUUACAAUAAACGCGGUCACCUAGAAAGAGAAGGGCCCUCGGAACAGGCGAAUCGUUUGCGUGUUUAUGUGGAUUGGUUGGAUAGUGUACAAAGCCCUAAAAGCUCUGAUGUACCCAAAAGAAACAUCAAAAUUAAGCACUUUUUUGCUAUUGGUACGUUAGGAAUACAUCCUAACUUACGUGCAAAUUUGGAUAAAGAGCAAGCACAAUUUCAAGACUUAUUAUUUCUGCCUCGUUUAGUUGAUGUUUAUGCCAAUUUAACUGAAAAAUUGUUACAUUCAAUCGAUGCUUUGAUACAUCAUUACAAUUUUACCUAUUUACUUAAAGUAGACGACGAUACCUAUGUGAAAUUGGAUUAUUUACUAAAUGAGCUAGUCUCUUAUGAUCGCAAAUUAAUACGUAAAGCUCGAGAUUAUCGUGGAGAUCCUUUGCCAGCACUUUAUUGGGGUUACUUUAAUGGUCGAGCUAAUAUUAAAACCAAGGGCCAAUGGAGUGAAUCGAAUUAUUAUUUGGCACAGCGUUAUAUCACUUAUGCCUUAGGAGGUGGCUAUGUGUUGGGACGCAUGCUUUGUGAAUUCAUAGGUAACAACUCUCACCAUCUUUCUUCCUACGUUAGUGAAGACAUUUCUGUUGGCACUUGGCUCGCUGCCUUCCGUCAUGUAUAUAGACGUCACGAUCCCCGUUUUGAUACCGGCUAUAUGUCUCGCAAAUGUCGAGCACACCAUCUCGUAUUGCACAAGCGCAAUGAAACACUAAUGCGCGAUUUAUAUAACGGUAAACUGUGCACCUUUGAAGCAGGAAAUGAAAUAUAUUUGAAAAGACCUACAGAAUAUUAUUACGACUGGCGUAAAACAGCAGACAAAUGUUGUGACAAUUUAGUCGCGUAGAAACAAUUAGCAAAACUAUAUACAAAAGCUUUCUAAAUUUAAAAAUCAUUCCACCUAAAUUGAUGUGAAUUAUAAUUGAAUAUCAAACCAAAUCAAAGCACAAUUAAAAAAUAAAAUUCUACCAAUUAUUAUAAAAAUAUGUUUAGUAAAUAUAAGCAUUUACUUA